GAGAGCUAAAAAUCGCUUAGUGAUAUGUAAUAUGGAUGAAGAUAAAUGGUGUUUGUGGGAGAAACAAAGGUCCGGUCCUCUUGCAUGAAAACACUAAGGUACUAUUUGUUUCUUUUUUUCUUGCAGGUGAUCGUGUAUGACACACGAAAUUAUAUAUGUUGGGAGUAGGCCUUGCGGUGCCAUGAUGGGUGCUGGGUUAUGGAAGGAUUGCUUUGGCACCUUGGUCGUGCUCGAAGCCCGAUUGUGGUGUCGCUUUGGCCCGUUUGGUUUUUAAGUUUGCUAUUCGACUUGAGGUCUUUAUGUAGACUCAGUUGCAACAGUCCGGAUUUCCAGAAAAGAGGAGGGAGGUUCUAGCCAAGAGGAGGCAAAGGAGGUUGCUAUUCUGCGGAUUUGAAGCUUAGAUCAUCGAUCUAGAGGAGGAUUAGAGCUCGGAGGAUCGAGCACGAGGGAUUUCCAGGAUUCGUGAGAUACCAAGACACGCGAGGUACUAGCGAUGACCGUGAGAAGGCGCCGGCUUGAUCCGUACACACUCAGGGGACUUUUGAUAUGUAUUUAUGAGAUCUUGGGAUUUGUAUGACAUGAUUUGGAAUUUUAAUCUUAACGUUUUAUGAAAUUAAAUGAGAAAUGUUUUUAUAUUUGCGAAAAAUCAUUUUGAAAAUUUACGGCGUUACAAGUUGGUAUCAGAGCCUUGGUUUGAGGGAUUCGAAUACACCUUCGGGCGUAUUUGAACUCAAACUGAGGAUGUGAGAUGUAUUUUCAAAAAAAAAAAAAAAGAAGAAAGAAGAGAGUAAAAGAUUUUUGAAAAAACGCAGAGCAAGAGAUGUGUGUACGAUCAGUCAGCGCCCGAACGGUGGUUUCUCAAAAUACCUUCAUAUUAUGUUAAUAUUGAUACGAUGUAUAUGCAUGCUAGAAUAGGCGACGUAUUACUAUUAGGAUUAGAGUGGCCUGAUUUGUGAUGCCUUAGCCUAGGGAGAGGUGAGCUGCUACGAGAUGCUUGAGAGUGAGUAGGUAGCAGUGAGGGGCUUAUGAGAGAUCUAUUAGAGAGUGAUUUACGCAUGAUAGAGUACUUGGGACUUGGGAUCCGAAGAGGAGGACUUGGAGUGCAUUCUGGUGCGGUGCGGACAGUAGUAUUAGGCCCGUACUAAUGGAAGCACCGGAGCGGUGUGCAGCCCAAGUAAGAAUCUUUGGAAUGCCAAGAAUCGAGGAGGGAAGAGUUGUCGAGUGUAAGUAUGCUCGUGUGGAUUAUAAUUUAUCGUAUGUUGUAUUUCAGAGGUUGAUCAUGGUGAGGACACGUUUGAUGCCCGAGAGCAGUGGUACCAGUGAGGAAGAGAUCCGCCGGAUCAUUCAGGAGGAGGUGGCUGCGGCCAUCAGGGCAGAGAUACCGGAGAUGUUUGGGUCUAUAAAGACCACUUUGAUGGAGACGUUUGAUGAGCGUUAUGCCGCUCUUUCUGAGGCUGCUGCUGCAGUGGCUACUGCAGCAAUUGCUGCUGCGAGGCCGCAGGGUGGUGAUGCGUUGUUGUUCCGCGACUUCAGCAACACAAAACCACCAGAGUUUGAUGGGACUCAGGAUCCGGUGGCAGCUAUGAGGUGGAUAUCUGAUAUUGAGGGGUGUUUCUUCACUUGCUCAUCUCCUGAGCAUUUGAAGGUUCGGUUUGCACUGAACCAGCUUCGCUUGGGAGCGAAGGACUGGUGGAAGUUUGUUACGGCGCAUUAUACGCCUGCUGAGCUUUCGGUAGUGACCUGGGAGAGGUUCACUACCAUGUUUCAGGAUGAGUACGUUCCCCAGGUGGAGAGGGAGCGUUUGGCACAGGAGUUUCUGACCCUCAAGCAGGGUAGUGAGUCAGUUACAGCGAUCACGAGGAUGUUCCAGGAGAGGGCGAUGUUCUGCCCGGAGCACGUGUCCACUGAGCAGGCACGUAUGAGCCGCUACUUGAGCAUUCUGAGGCGGGAUAUUCGGGAAUUCGCUGCGAACUCCUCGUACCGGACAUUUGCUGAGCUUCAUGCAAAUGCCCGGAAGAGGGAGAUUGAGCUUGAGACUCAGGCCAGGGAGGAGGCGGAGUCUCAGGGGAGGGAUCGGCGACCGGCACAGUCUCAGCCGGCAGCCAAGCGGGCCAAGCCCGCUGAUCCCAAACCAGGGAGCCAGAAGGGCCGCACUUGCGGGAAGUGCGGCAAGGGUCAUGACGGAGUUUGCCGAGCGGGGUCUUGCUACAAAUGUGGCAAAGAGGGGCAGAUGGCCAAAGACUGCCCCAAGGGGUUUGCAGUGUGUUUUCACUGCAACAAGACCGGACACCGGAAGGCCGAGUGUCUGCAGUUGCGCGGAGCAUCUCAGGGAUCUGCUCAUGCCGCCAUCAGAGCUACUGAGAGUCGGCCUGUGAAGGUCGAGGCGCCUUGAGCUCGAGGGAGGGCCUUCUAGCUGACUGCGGAGGAGGUCCGUGCUGCACCCGAUGUUGUGGCUAGUAUGUUUCCUUUCAUGUAUUUAUUUUGAUGUUGAGAUAUUAUGCUUAUAUUAUGUUAUGCGUAGGUACUUUUCUUGUGAGCUCUGUACCUGCUUUAGCGUUAUUCGACUCGGGUGCGAGUCGGUCUUUUGUAUCUUCGGCCUUUAGUCAGCAUAUCAGUGUUAGUCGUGAGGCAUUGAGUCGACCUCUGAGAGUUUCCAUAGCUGACGAUAGAGUGAUUUGUGCCACGGAGGUUCUCCGGGGAUGCGUGUUAGAGAUUUUCGGGGUCGAGUUUCUGAUUGAUCUGAUUCCUAUUGCGAUGGGUGAUGUCUGUGCCAUUGUGGGCAUGGACUGGUUGAGCCGAUUCGGCGUGGUUAUCGACUGCGAGCGUCAGCUGGUGACCAUAUGAAACCCUAGUGGAGGAGUUCUUUCAGUGUACGGCAAGGGUACACGUUUAGGAUCAGCUUUUUGUUCGGCCGCUAGGGCAAGGCAGUGUCUACAGCAGGGCUGUAAGGGUUUUGUAGCGUAUGUGAUGGAUACGCGAGCGACUUCCGAGAGACCGAGUUCAGUUGAGGAGGUACCGGUGGUGCGUGAGUUUCCAGAUGUUUUUCCCGAGGAGUUGCCGGGUGUGCCUCCUGUGAGGCAAGUGGAGUUUGGUAUUGAUUUGGUUCCAGGGGCCGCACCUAUUGCUAAGGUGCCUUAUCGUCUUGCACCUCCAGAGAUGCAGGAGUUGUCCUCGCAGCUUCAGGAGUUACUGGGGAAGGGAUUUAUUCGGCCGAGCAGCUCGCCGUGGGGAGCACCUAUUCUGUUCGUCAAGAAGAAGGAUGGUUCACACCGGAUGUGCAUUGAUUACCGGGAGUUGAACAAGCUGACGGUCAAGAACCGUUAUCCGUUGCCGAGGAUCGAUGAUUUAUUCGAUCAGUUGCAGGGAGCAUCUUGGUUCUCCAAGAUCGACUUGAGGUCGGGAUAUCAUCAGGUGAGAGUAUGGGAUGGGGACGUCCAGAAGACAGCGUUCAGGACGCGUUAUGGGCAUUAUGAGUUUGUGGUGAUGCCUUUUGGGCUCACCAAUGCCCCGACUGUGUUCAUGGAUCUCAUGAACAGGGUAUGCAGGCCGAUGUUGGAUCGGUCGGUGAUUGUAUUUAUCGAUGAUAUUCUGGUAUAUUCGAGAUCUAGAGAGCAGCAUGAGGAGCAUUUGAGGGAGGUCCUUGGGGUUUUGAGAUCGGAGAAGCUUUAUGCAAAGUUCUCCAAGUGUGAUUUCUGGUUGCGGGAGGUUCAGUUCCUUGGACAUCUCGUUAAUCAUAAUGGGAUAUUGGUCGAUCCGGCCAAGGUUGAGGCAGUGAUGAGUUGGGAGGUGCCGAAGUCACCCUCUGAGAUCAGGAGUUUCCUUGGAUUGGCGGGGUAUUAUCGGAGAUUUAUCAAGGAUUUCUCCAAGAUCGCAGUGCCACUCACCAGAUUGACCCGAAAGGGUGUUGCAUUCUCAUGGGGUCCCGAGCAGUAGACCUCCUUUGAGACCCUUCGCCAAAGGUUGUGCGAAGCCCCGGUAUUAGCUCUCCCGGAAGGGAUGGAGGAUUUUGUAGUAUAUUGUGAUGCAUCGAUUAUGGGGCUGGGUGCGGUAAUGAUGCAUAGGGGACAUGUGAUAGCUUAUGCAUCGAGGCAGCUGAAGCCUCAUGAGACGAGAUAUCCCACGCACGAUCUAGAGUUGGGGGCAGUAGUGUUCGCCCUCAAGAUUUGGCGUCACUACUUAUAUGGGGUUCGGUGUACGAUAUACACGGACCAUAAGAGCUUGAAGUACUUGAUGGAUCAGCCCAACCUAAAUAUGUGGCAGAGGAGGUGGUUAGAUGUGGUCAAGGAUUAUGAUUGUGAGAUCCUGUACCACCCGGGUAAGGCCAAUGUGGUGGCCGAUGUGUUGAGCCGCAGGGCGGAGAGCACUCCACUGCGAGAUGUAUGUUUGAGAUUGACCGUGAUAGCUCCGGUAUUGGAUGCCAUUCGUGGGGCACAGGCCGAGUCUGUGCGACCGGAGAUGCAGAAGAGGGAACGGGUCGUUGGUUUGGUUUCAAAGUUCGUUACGGAUGGUCGAGGGCUUAUGACUUUUCAGGGUCGGAUUUGGGUACCGUUUGUGGGCGGUACGCGUACUACUUUGAUGGAAGAGGCUCAUCGAUCGAAAUUUUCGAUUCAUCCGGGGGCUACAAAGAUGUAUUUGGAUUUGAGGAGAGAGUAUUGGUGGCCCUGAAGAGGGACGUCGCCUGGUUUGUUGAGAGGUGCUUGACCUGCCGCAGGGUUAAGGCCGAGCACCACAGAGCGCAUGGCAAGUUGCAGCCAUUGGAGGUUCCCGAGUGGAAGUGGGAACAGGUCGCUAUGGAUUUCAUCACCAAAUUGCCGAGAACUGCCAGAGGAGUUGAUGCAAUUUGGGUGAUUGUGGAUAGAUUGACGAAGAGCGCUCACUUCCUUGCCAUCAGUGAGAGUUCUUCAGCGGAGAAGUUGGCAGAGAUAUAUGUGAGAGAGGUGGUAUCUCGGCAUGGGGUGCCGAUCUCGAUCGUUUCGGACCGUGAUGUGCAUUUCACUUCCAGAUUCUGGAAGAAAUUUCAUGAGGAGUUGGGUACUAGAUUGCAUUUUAGUACCGCAUAUCACCCCCAGACAGACGGUCAGAGUGAGCGGACGAUUCAGACGCUUGAGGACAUGCUUCGAGCAUGCGUGUUGGAUUUCGGGGGUAGCUGGGAUGCGUAUUUACCCUUGGCAGAGUUUUCCUACAACAACAGCCAUCAUUCGAGCAUUGGUAUGCCACCCUUUGAGCUGUUGUAUGGUAGGAGGUGUCGGACCCCUAUUUGCUGGGGAGAGGUUGGGCAGAGAGUGAUGGGCAGUACAGAGAUCGUGCUUCAGACGACAGAGCAGAUUCAGUGGGUCAGACAGAGGUUAUUGACCGCCCAGAGCCGUCAGAAGAGUUAUGCAGACAGACGUCGGUCCGAGCUUGAGUUUCAGGUCGGCGACUUCGUUCUCCUGAAGGUCUCUCCUUGGAAAGGAGUGAUCGGAUUCAGGAAGAGGGGCAAGUUGGGGCCCCGGUAUAUUGGGCCUUUUCGUGUGAUUGCGAGGGUAGGCCGGGUAGCCUAUCGUUUGGAAUUGCCCGCAGAGUUAGGGUAGAUCCACGACACUUUUCAUGUGUCGCAAUUGCGGAAGUGUAUAGCCGAUGAGUCGGCAGUGGUUCCAUUAGAGGAUAUUCAGGUGGAUGCGAGCCUGAAUUAUGCCGAGAGGCCAGUGGCCAUCAGGGAUCGGAAGAUCGAGGUUCUAAGGAACAAGGAGGUACCUCUGGUGUUGGUUCAGUGGCAGCACCGGAAGGCAUCGGACAUGACCUGGGAGCCGGAGCGCGAGAUGCGGGAGCAGCAUCUGGAGCUAUUUUCAGAGCGAGACUUCGAGGGCGAAGUCUAGUUCUAGUGGGGGAGAGUUGUAACAGUCCGGAUUUCCAGGUAUCCUUUAUGGCUUUGUUUUUUUUGGUGUUUUGAGAGGGGACUCGGCGAGUUGGAGCUCAAACUCGCCGAGUAGGAUCGCGAUUCUGGACGCGGGAUUUGAUUGGACUCGGCGAGUCCAGGAUCUGGACUCGGCGAGUCCGCACUGUUUAAUGAAACCCUAAUUUCUCGGGUUUGGGACCUAUUUAAAGGGCCUUAUGGCCGUCAUUUGUACCCAACAGUCCAUAGAGAGAAACCCUAGAGUGCUUUGGCGUUUUGGGAGAGAAAGGAAGCAUUUCUUGACCUGUGUGUGUUGUCUAGCAAAGAGGAGGGAGGUUCUAGCCAAGAGGAGGCAAAGGAGGUUGCUAUUCUGCGGAUUUGAAGCUUAGAUCAUCGAUCUAGAGGUAUGAUUUCGGUUCAUCUUCUGUUUUGUGGAGAAUAGUUGGAUUUAGGGUUUCUUGUGGCCUUGUUGAGUUGAUUUGAUGGCCAAAUAGUCCCUUGCUAGUGAUGAGGCUUUGGAUUUGGAUCCAUAGAGGUCCAGAGAGCCUCAUUCAUCAAGCUUUAUGGAGAGCAAUGGAGGUCAUGACCUUGGGUAGUGAUAUUUGUUGGUAUUCCUUCAUUUAUAGCCAUAUAGAGGUUGUAUGUGCAUCAAGUUUGGGGCUUUACGUGGUGAAUCAGUCUAGAAAGGCCAGAUCUAUGAAUUGUUGGAACAGAUCUGACCUUAGAAGCGAGUUUGAGCGAUUGCAUGGCAUGGACUCGCCGAGUCUGAUGAACAGACUCGGCGAGUAGCUUGAAGAUUGCCUUGGACCGGCCAGUGAGUGGUCCAGUCGAGUCAUGGGUUGACUCAGUGAUUCAGGGCGAGUUAGAGAGGGUUGACAGGUGGACUGAGUCGAACUGGGACUCGUCGAGUUGUUCUUGGAACUCGGCGAGUUGAGUCGGGGUGGCCCCGCGAUUCUGCCAGGUGGAACUCGUCGAGUCAGGGGGAGUACUCGACGAGUAAAAAAGGAAUCCUAGGGUGUUGGUGGAAACGUCUAGACUCGCCGAGUUGCCCAUGUGCACUCGCCGAGUCCGGUCAAAGUUGACCGUUGACCAGAGUUGACUUGUGUUGACUUCUUAGGGAUAGUCAACCUUAGAGAUAAAAAGUGUUAAUUAGAGUCAUGUGAUAUUAUAGGAGGAUUAGAGCUCGGAGGAUCGAGCACGAGGGAUUUCUAGGAUUCGUGAGAUACUGAGACACGCGAGGUGAGUCUUCUCACUAUACUUUACCUUGAGUAGGUAACCAGAGUUAUGUGACAGAGUAUUAUAUGCUAUAUGUUGUACUGCAUUAUUUCUAUGUGAUUAUGCUGUGCAUGUUUACAGAGUUGGAGCCGAAAGGUUCCUAGAGUUAGAACCUGAGGGUUCACAGAGUUUGGGUGCACGGACCCAUAGAGUUACAGCCUCGAGUGGCUAAUAUGUGUUUUAUAUGUGGUAUUUUGGGGAACUCACUAAGCUUCGUGCUUAUAGUGUUAGUGUUGUUGUUUCAGGUACUAGCGAUGACCGUGGGAAGGCGCCGGCUUGAUCCGUACACACUCAGGGGACUUUUGAUAUGUAUUUAUGAGAUCUUGGGAUUUGUAUGACAUGAUUUGGAAUUUUAAUCUUAACGUUUUAUGAAAUUAAAUGAGAAAUGUUUUUAUAUUUGCGAAAAAUCAUUUUGAAAAUUUACGGCGUUACAUCAGGUCUUCCUGGGGUUGUACAUCAGCAUACCAUAAUGUCCAUUAAGACUAAGUUUCGAGCAUUCUUCUCCUAAUGAUGUCCCUUUUCGCGAUGUUGGAACCUGAAAGUCAACCUCUAGCAAUCUUUAACCUUUGGAUGUUCUGAAGUCAGUCUUAGGUCCGAAGUGGGACGAGGUACGGGAUCAGUCUAUGGUUAGAAACGAAGUUGGUGUCCGGAGUAGAGAUCAUGGCUCGAAGUGAAGAAGUCAUCCGAAAUAGUGCAUCUGUUUGAGCAUUAAUUAUUCUUGUCUUUUACUUGAUGUAACACUACAUAGGACUUAGUCUUCUUGUCAAAUGGGAUAAUCAGAGUGUCAGAUGUGACUCUUUUAUCCGGUCCCGUGUAUGUAUUUUGGUAUGUACGAUGUACU